AUGGCACCUCCGGUGCGCACGUACGGAAAGAAGAGAAACGCGCUUGGUUCUCUGCGUUCUCGAAACCGAGCCCAGAUUUCGCCUGAGCCAUCGUCGGCCAAGGACUCAGAUCCUCAUUCGCAGUCUGUGAAUACCUGCUGCGAGACCAUGACGCAGACUACUCAGAAUAAGGAUAAUGUCCAGCCAAUCACUCUCGAGAGGAUUGCCAGUGCUCUACUCGAUGACAGCAGUUCAGACCUGGCGGAAGAAGAGGUCGUACAACAAACAGAGAAAGAAGCACUGGAAACUUCUACUUCUACUCCUCUGGCUCCCGAGGACACCACGCCCGAAAUUGGAGAACGACGCAUCUGCUCUCACUCGCCAAGCUCAUCCAAGGAUAGGACAUCCAAUAGCGGUCGAGGUUAUCGACCCGGCGCUCCGCGAGUUCAGAAAGCUUCUCCCAACAACAGGUUUGCAAAGUCUUCUAGGCCACGACGGAGCUCAACUUCGUCUCCAAAACGGAAAGAUUAUAGUUUGACCCGACCCCUGACGAGCCCGUUGAGAAACUCGGCCAACCGCUCCUCAUAUAUCAUCGUGAAAGACGCAGAGGCAGUUUGCCUUCUUCCACACAACAUCAUGGAUGGAGCUCCGAGAAUCCUUCUCCAAGGCGAGAUGGCCGAUGAAAAGUGUGCGAUGGCGGCCAAUCCUGAUGAUAUUCAGGACAAGGUAUGCGCCAUGUUGGCGGCCACCGACACUCUGAAACCGUCGUUUUCUCAGCCAUGCAAAUCACCUACUCCCAAGAUGUCGCGCAUGCCCUCGCGAAUGUUGGCCAGGGUAUCAAGUGCAUGGGACCGUUUGCAGACCAAGUCAUCUAAUUCGGGAUCCAAACCGCACGCCAAGCUCACGAAGCAACCUACUCAUGAUGAUGUCGAUGGUCCCCUAACUUCACAUCCUGUGUUUCCUUCUCCCAUCUUACUCAAGACACCUCUAAUUGAUGCUAUUGAAAUUCGUCUCAACGAGGGCGACAACCUCAACAGAAAGAAAGUCCAGCAAAUGGUGGGCGGCUGUGUGCCUCGCAAACCUGUCGCCAACGACGGAAAGGCUCUCAGGAGUGGCCGAUCCAUAGAUGACCCUUUUGCCGAGCCUGCUUUGCUACAAAGCCCCAGCAUUGUUGAAAAUCAUGCGAAUCUGAAAAUUAUGAUUGGAUCAAACAGAACCUCUCUGCUCAUCAUCGAUCCAUUCGAGGCCGAAAGGGGAUUCGACAGCAACCUUGAAGAUGGAAUCUUGAGUUCUUCCCCAGUUUGCGCCUCAACGCCUCGAAUUCAUCUGCAUCAAGUUCAAACUCCUACGAUGGAUGAUAGUCUCGAUGGGCAAUGCUCCAGGCUGCGAACUCAGACGAGCUUAGAGAGAGUGACUACAGACUUGACUGUAUAUCAACCUCAAGAAGCUAUGUCGCUUAGAAAGGCUUCAAGCCAAAGUGGACAUGUGCGGCCUCUGCCAAAUACCGACCGCGUUAAGAUUGAUUUGAUGCGAGACAAGCCUUUUCUGGAUGCAAGCACAACAAAGUGGACGAAGAAACACCCAUCCCCUAGCAAGCGAGAUUUGGAAGAGCUUGAAAUAGCUUUUCGAUGCUAUAGCGAGCUCAAGAGGCGUGGAAUCGGUGAAGAAGCGGAUGAGCUUGCAGCGCACUAUACCCCAUCUUCCCGGUAUUUAUCCCCCAGGGAUACGAACAGAAUGAUGGGAGUUCGUGAAGAGAGCACCAAGUCUGUGUCUGUCUACGCGGAUCAGUCCCCUGCGAGAUGCCAGACAAGGCGCCCAACUGAUGAUCUGAGAGGCCAUCAAAUUCGUCUCGUUCCCCCUUAUCGGCCGAUGGUUCCACAGUCUGAUGAGACUGACGAGCUGGUAUAA